AUGCUGACCCUACUGAGGUGCCGACUGCCUGGGAGCCGUUACCCCUGGAGGGUGAGGGCGGCCUCGGGACUGAGCAGCAGCCAGGAGAGACCCGGGCAGAAGAAAUACCGCGACACCGUACUGCUCCCUCACACCGACUUCCCCAUCCGCCUCAGUCCAGAGGACACCGUCACCACCGAGCGCCGCCUGCAGGAGGAGUGUAACUUCUUGCAACUUUACAACUGGCAAAGAGCCAGAAAAUCCAAGAAAGAGUUCAGCUUGCAUGAUGGGCCACCCUAUGCUAAUGGGGACCCUCAUGUUGGACAUGCACUGAAUAAGAUCUUAAAGGACAUUAUAAAUCGUUUUCAUAUGUUGCGGGGUUUACAAGGUGUCGUAUGUUCCAGGAUGGGAUUGUCAUGGGUUACCAGUAGAACUCAAAGCCCUGGCUGAUGUUGGAGACAAAGCCGACAGUCUGACGCCUAUGGAAAUCAGAAGUAGAGCCAAGGCAUUUGCAGAAGAAGCCAUAGAGAAGCAAAAAGCAUCAUUCAUUCGCUGGGGAGUGAUGGCAGACUGGGAAAAGUGCUAUUACACCUUUGAUAAGAAUUACGAGGCAAAACAACUGGAUGUCUUCAGCAAAAUGCAUGAAAAGGGCCAUAUUUAUCAGGAUUACAGACCUGUGUUUUGGUCUCCUUCAUCAAAAACAGCACUGGCUGAAGCAGAGUUGGAAUAUAAUCAGCAACAUGUCAGCCGAUCCAUCUAUGUAAAGUUUCCUUUGCAGAAACUUCCUCCUAAUUUGGCAUCUAUAAUAUAGAUGGCACCACGAAAGUUAGUGCUCUGAUUUGGACAACACAACCAUGGACCAUUCCUGCUAACCGGGCUAUCUGUUAUAUGCCAGCUUCAUCAUAUUCUUUGGUGAAGUGUCUAACAUCAGGAGAGCUUUAUAUUUUGGCUACUGAACUUGCUGAUUCCACAUCACUUUCCCUGGGAACUAAGUUUGAAGUAAUUUCAACAUUUAAAGGGACGGAUCUUGAAACCGGUUCAUGUGAUCACCCCACAAUACCAGGAAGGGUCUCUCCGUUUGUCCCAGCCAAUCAUGUCACCAUGGGAAAAGGUACAGGCCUUGUGCACACUGCACCUGCCCAUGGCAUUGAAGACUUCAGUGUCUCUUCUCAUCAUAAAUUAUCAGUGGACUGCCUGGUGGAUGAAGCUGGUUGCUACACUUCUGGAGCAGGGGCUGACUUAGAAAACAAAGCUGUACUUGAAGAUGGCAAUGAAGCUGUCAUAAAGAUGUUACUAGGUUCCAAGAACUUACUAAAGGAGGAGAGUUUUGUCCAUAGCUACCCAUAUGACUGGAGGACCAAGAAGCCUGUUAUUAUUCGUGCCAGCAAACAGUGGUUUGUCAGCACCACCAACAUUAAAGACAAAGCUCAGGAAGCUUUAAAGAAAGUGAAGUUUGUUCCGGCCUCAGCCACCAACCGCAUGUUGAAAAUGCUUGAAGAACGAACAUACUGGUGUAUAUCGAGACAGCGUAGUUGGGGAGUUCCGAUCCCAGUAUUCUAUCACAAGAGACGCGAGAGCCAUUGAUGAACAAGCACAGCAUUGGGCAUAUCGUGAAACUGGUGAAGCAGCAUGGUAGUGAUGUAUGGUGGACACACCCUAUAGAAGAAUUACUUCCAAAAGCCAUACUUAAACAGGCAGGUAGCAGUGCUGAAGUGUUGGAGUUUGAGCCUGGACGGGAUGUUUUGGACAUUUGGUUCGACAGUGGAACAUCAUGGGCGUGUGUGUUGGAAGAUACAGAACAGAGAGCUGAUGUGUAUAUUGAAGGCAAGGACCAGCUCGGAGGAUGGUUUCAGUCUUCUCUCCUCACCAGUGUGGCUUCCAGGAACAAAGCACCAUAUAAGAAUGUAGUAGUCCAUGGAUUCGCUCUGUCCGAAACAGGAGAGAAAAUGUCUAAAUCUGUAGGAAACGUGGUGGACCCAGAUGUCGUCAUAAAUGGGGGGCAGGACAAAACAAAAGAGCCAGCCUUUGGAGCUGAUGUCUUACGAUGGUGGGUGGCUGAGUCCAAUAUCUUUACUGAAGUUCUCAUUGGGCCUACUGUACUAAAUGCAGCACGGGAGGAUAUCAAUAAGCUGCGGAACACAGUGCGCUUCAUGCUGGGUAACCUUUCUAGAUUCAGCCCAGAGACGGACUCUAUACCUGUCCCAGAGAUGUACAUCAUAGAUCAGUACAUGCUGCAUAUACUCCAGGACUACGCCAGCAAGGUAACAGAGGCCUAUAAGAAUUACGAGUUUGGAAAAGUUAUCCGUCUGCUGGAGGCCCUGAUCACCAGAGACCUGUCCAGCUUCUACUUCAGUAUAAUAAAAGACAGGCUUUACUGCGAGGAGGAGAAAGAUCCCAAGCGCCGUUCCUGUCAGACAGUCUUGGCCGAGGCUUUGGAUAUUGUGGUGCGCUCAUUUGCACCAAUCCUUCCACACCUAGCAGAAGAAGUGUUCCAGUAUGUGCCUUAUAAGAAAGAAAACCAGAGUGUUUUCCAUGGAGGCUGGACAGUGUCAAACUCUGUGUGGAGAAAACCUGGCCUUGUAGAAGCUGUGGAGGCCGCUUGUUCCAUUAGAGACCUCUUUCUGGGUUCCAUUCCGGGAAAGAAUACCGCUGAGUAUGAACUCACAGUUGUCAUUGAGCCUGGACUGUUGUUUGAGUUGAUGGAGACGCUGCAGGCGGAGGAGACAUCCAGCACAUCACAGCUCAAUGAACUGUUAAUGGUGUCUCAGACCAGCCUUGUGACAAAGUUACCGCUAGACCUACAAGCAGAGGCCAUUGAGCUCAAUGGAUCUUUCCUUAUCAACUUAGAAGAUGGGGACAUCUGUGAGAAUGAGUCGUACAAAGUUGUGAUUCAGCAAAGUACCAAAGAGCGCUGCCCCAGGUGCAGGAAAUACACCGCCACCUCUGCACUGACGCCUUGUCCACGAUGCCUGGAAGCCAUUGCCGGGAAAUGGAGCUAG